AAUAAUAUUGCUUAAAGGAAGCAUAUAUAAGGUGAAUAGAAUUGGUCCAAGCACAGAACCUUGUGGAACUCCAUGAUUAACUUUGGCGUGCAUAGCAUUAGAACUAAAGGCCUGUCUCUCUAUAUAAACAUGUUUCAAAUAAAGGCAUGGCCUUGAGGUAUUGGAUUAUUUUCCUAUCUUUAUUCAAGAGCAUGUUCUUUUAAUUUGAGAGGAUGACAUAUUGAUUCAGAUUUUGUAAUAUGUUGUUGCUUGUACAGAUUUCCUGCAGUCCAGCUUCAGCCCUUCUCCUUGCGCUCACGCAGAGAGCAGAAGUUUCCCGAGUGCACAGAAGCAUCUGUGCACUCUGGAAACUUCUGCUCUCAGAUUUCUCCUCUGUUCUUGGAUUUUUUGUUCAAUAAUCCUGUCAAAAUCCCCAACCAAUGGAAUACCAGGUGUAGUGUUGACCAGUGAAAUGAUCCCUGCCUCGUAGCAGGUGCGUUCACUUUACUUCUUAUAGCGUCCCAUACAGGCGGUUGCUCUUUAACCAGGUUCAUAAACUCCCGCCCUACACGUCUUACUUCCCUUGCUUUCUUUACAUCUUUUGGAAUAAACGGACAGUUAUUACAUAUACCAGUGCCUAUACAUUUUACUAUAAUAGCUAAAUACUAAGGGAAUGUGAAGGUACGUCAUGCUGUGUUGCAUGUUGGGAUGGCGGCGCCAUCUUGUGAGGAACGCGCUCUGUUGUUGCUGCUACGGUGGUUAACAGAGUUACCUGCUUACCUUUUGUUUGACUAAAAAGUUGGUUAAAUCGGUUAAAUCUGAUGGAGAAGAGAAACGAGAAAUAAAAGGGACCCUACCUGGAGAAAAAUUUAAAAAUCCCUAGAAGCUCAUUAACAGGUUUUGCUGUUGCUGUGCAUGAUCUGCAUGAUCUGCUAAUUGAAGUGAAGUCGGACACCGGCAAACCGCGAGAGCACAGUCAUACUUGUAAAGGCCAACACAUCACUACAUUUAGCUACAACAAGGGAUGUUGCCUGCCAGACCAACCCACCACAGAGACACACUGAAGUGCAGAUCCUGAUGAAGCUCAGGUGAUGGCUGGACCCAUCAGAGGAGGAAGUUAUUGCUUGGCAGGUGUCAUGACAUGUCAAGCGACGACCUGAAGACAACACAGCGGCCAGCAGCAUCAGGAAAGUCUUAUCCACAGGAAGACAUGUCAGGAUGAACACUGCGACCUGAGAGCCACAAUACCAGCUGACACUUCAGUAACCCUUUACCUCAGUGGAGGACAUGAUCUGGACAGUUUACAUAAAAGUUUUGGCUUUGCUACUUUUACAAAUUAUAUUUAUAUUUCCAUUUCACUAUGAAUAAAGUGCUUUAUUUUUAAAGAGUGUUUUGGUCAUUUUUAAAUUUAGUAGUAAGUGUGGUAUUAGUGAAACAUGUUCUUUCACAAAGGUUUUAUGUAAUUUCACUGUUUAAAUAGGUGAUAUAAAAAACUAUAGGAGGGUCAAAAAACCUGGUUCAUUUAACAUCCUGACUAUGACAAUGUGAAAAGAGUUUUCCUAAGAAUCCUUUACUGCAGGUAGUAAAUAAUGACUAGGCAACACAAGACAUUCCUGUUUCACAGACAAACUUUAUUACUGUAUUGACAGAUCACAAUACAAGUUAUACAAUAUUCUCUACAGUAUUGUGAAAGGGUGUCAAACACAUAAUCUGCAGCUUUGACAAACAUUUUAAAACAUAAAUAUGGAAAUAAUUGUCUGACAAUUAAAAACUUCUCAAAUGAAAACAUCCAAGUUACUCUGAAACAUGGACACAGUACAGCCCUCACAGCUUUGGUUACUGUACAGUUUUUCAACUAAAUAAGCAGGUUACUGUUAUAGUUUAAGGGUUUUUCAUUUCCUGUUUUAUUUUGUAGUGUGUCCCUCUCCUUGUGUGUUUUGUGGUUUUACUUCCUGCCUUUGUUUGCUUUCCCUCCAGUUUUGAUUGUUGGCCCUUCCUUGAUUGUUUGCACCUGUGUCUCGUUGUUUCACCUCCCUUAGGGUAUUUAGUCCGGGUCUCUGUCUUUGUUCAGUGUUGGAUCAUUGUUGAUACUGAUGGUGUGAUUCCUUCCUUGAGUGUUGUUCCUGUCUUGUGAGUGUUCCUGACAUUUGUGUGUGUCGCCAUUUGGUGCAUAUUGUUGUACCUGGUUCCAGUGCCCAGUUCCCUGUCAUUUUUACAGUGAGUUCUGUUUUCAAUUCUUUGUCUCCCGUGGACCUUGGUUGGAUUAUGGAUUUUAUAAUUUGCCUGCUCCUUAUUGAACUGUUUUGCCACCUUGGACUCACUUCCCUGCUUCCACCACUGCCAGCCGGUAACCUAUCUGCCUUUUGCCUGUCUCCUACCGGUCUGUCUGCCUGUACCCAAUAAACACUGUAGUCAUCCGGCUACCUCAUCCUCAUACUGCUUCCUGAUAAUCUGCUUUUGGGUCCACAUACCACUACACAUCAUACGACAGAAUGACCCAACAGUCAUGGACCCUGCAGAAGUCGACUCUCUUAUGAGGGAGUUAAAGGAAGUGUUCUCCACGCUAGAGACAUUCAGCCUCUCCAUUCAGGGCUCUGUGGAUAUCCAACGCAGGCAUUUUGUAUACUCCUUAAUGGAGAGGACAAUACUAUCUACCCAGGCUUGCAACUCUUCCCAUUCUGGUAGAGAACCUUGCGGCAAUCUCCAGCAUGAGGCAAGAUUUGCAGCCCUACCUCGACUCCCGGCCCGCCAGUCAUCAGCCUGCACUCCAGCCUGCUGGUCUCCAGUCAGCAUCUCAGCCUGCUAACCAGGUGGUACCUCAGGCUGUUGCUGUCUUGGCGCGUUCUGGGAAAUCCUCCAGGACGAAGUGUGGCUCCCACAGCGGCUCGCCUGCUCCGCUGCCCAGCGGCUCGCCUGCUCCGCUGCCCAGCGGCUCGCCUGCUCCGCUGCCCAGCGGCUCGCCUGCUCCGCUGCCCAGCGGCUCGCCUGCUCCGCUGCCCAGCAGCAGCCUCCUGGACUCCCUGCUGGAUCGCAGUUGCCUCCUUUCCCGGCUGGAUCACAGCAGCACCAACCCCUCGCCGCCGCUGGAUCGCAACCGCCUUUUGCCCCGGCUGGAUUGCAGCAGCACCAAUCCCUUGUUGCCGCUGGAUCACAGCCUCCUCCUGCCCCAGAUGGACUACCUACCACUACACAUCAUACGCCAGUUACUUUAUAAGAUCAGUGAUUCUUUCAGUAAUGUUGAUGGUAACUUACAGGAUAAAGUCUAUUCCAGGCAGGUUGUUGAUUAUGGGAGUGUAAUGCAAUCACUUGAGCAGCCUAUGUCCCAAUGUCUCAAACGCAAACCAAAAUAAAACUGGAUUAAACUAAACAGGCGGGACGUUUGCGUCCAUGAAAUCGAGCUAAAUGACAGCUUCUUGCAGGAUUUUGAGGUACCUCUUUAAUUCAGAAAACCAGAGCAGAUUUUGUGAAUGUGUGUGAAAGUGAAUGCAUUACGCUUCCGUAGCUGCCUCUCUAUGGUGUUACUGGUGUAAUAAUUGAACUAAUGUGUAGUCAGGUUAACACACAGGGCACAGUAGCUACAGUACUUACUAUUGAUUACUUUAGUGGGUUUUUUUGUUGUCUUUUUACCAGAAAUAAUUGCUUGACUAAUAUUUCACAUCUAUUUUUUCAUAUUGUACUUUCACCCCCACAUCCUGGUAAUUACUGUAAGUGUUUACACUAGCUACAUAAUGUACUACAUGUGCAUGCUAACACCUUAAUUUUUCCAAAAAUAAUCAUUCAGUCAAUCCUUCUGUUUCUUAUUAGAUGUUCAUACAAAAGUUCUUGUCAUGGGAAUUGCCAUUUUUACUUGAUUAAGGCUCCUAAAACUCUGAAUCAAACGGGCACAACCACGUUUUUCACCUGGUGUGUACAGUUUCACAAUGAUCUCUUUUAUCAUCUG